AUGGGUCACCUCCAUUUUGCACUGGCUUUCUCUCUUCUGCUUCUACUCACAAAUGUCUCAGCUGCACCACCAUUACCCUCCACCAUCUCACCUGCAAAAAUCGUUAAUGGGUUUCUCUCAAAUGCUGUUCCUGCUUUCACCAAAUGGGUUUUCUCUCUCAAACCAACCACCAAAAAAGCGGUUGCUGGGAAGUCAAUGAUGAAAUUUGAGAGUGGAUACACUGUGGAAACUGUCUUUGAUGGAAGCAAGCUUGGAAUUGAGCCUUAUGCAGUUGAGGUCUUGUCUAAUGGAGAGCUUCUGGUUCUGGAUUCGGCUAAUAGUAACAUUUAUAAGAUCUCAUCUUCACUUUCUUUGUAUAGCAGACCAAAACUAGUAGCAGGAUCGGCGGAAGGAUAUUCAGGGCAUGUUGAUGGAAGAUUAAGAGAGGCUAGGAUGAACCAUCCAAAGGGGAUUACAGUUGAUGACCGAGGAAAUAUCUAUGUUGCAGAUAUUAUGAAUAUGGCAAUUAGGAAAAUUAGCGAUUCAGGCGUCACAACAAUUGCGGGAGGUAAAUUAAGCCGUGGAGGUGGCCAUGUUGAUGGACCAAGUGAAGAGGCUAAAUUCUCUAAUGACUUUGAUGUGGUCUAUGUGGGAAGUAGUUGUUCCCUACUUGUUAUUGACAGGGGAAACCAAGCCAUUCGGGAGAUCCAACUGCGCUUUGAUGACUGUGCUUAUCAAUACGAAAGUGGAUUUCCACUUGGAAUUGCAAUGCUUGUUGGAGCUGGCUUCUUUGGUUAUAUGCUGGCAUUGCUGCAGCGUCGACUAAGUACAAUUGUCGCAUCUCAAGAUGUGACUCAUGCUGAGGGCCAAGUAAUGUCAGACAUUUCACCGAGUCCAUACCAAAAGCCGUUGAAAUAUGUAAGGCCUCCUUUGAUUCCAUCUGAAGAUGAAUCUUAUAAGCAAGAAGAAGGUCUAUUUGGAUCCAUUGGGAAGCUUCUUACCAAUGCUGGGGCAUCAGUAGUGGAAAUAAUGGGUUUCAAGAAAAAACCGCAAGGCUAUGAAUUUCAAAGCCAACCCUUAUUUCAUCAACCUGAAAAGCAAGUAAAUGGUUGGCCUGUGCAAGAAAGUUUUGUAAUUCCAAAUGAAGACGAGCCCCCUUCUAUUGACCCGAGAACUCCAACCCCUAAGAAAACAUAUCCUUUCAUGUCAAAAGAUGCUGAAAAAAUGCAACAACUCUGGCAAGGUCGAGCUUUCUAUAAUGGAUGGGACGGCAAUCUUCAGCAACAACAACAACAACAGCAGCAACCAAAACAUCUCUAUAGUGGAUGGGAAGGUGAUCUUCAGCAGCAUCAACAACAACAACAACAACAACAACAAAAACAUCUGUACAAUGGAUGGGAUGGAGAUCUUCAGCAGCAACAACUGCAAAAACAUCAUUUUCGUCAUCAGUAUCAUUCAUCAGUCUCUCACACCUACUAUGAGCAAAGUCGCGAAGAAACCAAUGAGAUAGUAUUUGGUGCAGUGCAGGAACAGGAUAAGGAGUCUGCAGUUAUCAAGCCUCUGGAUUAUGGCGAUUCUCUCUAUGAUCAUCACAAUAUGCGGUCUCGAAUCAGUUCCAUUGGUUAUAUCCAGAAGUACUGA